ACACACACCAUAUUUAUUUCAAAGUUAAUUUUCUCAAACAAACCCAAGCCGCCGCCUCCUCCCUCCUUCAGUGUGUCUCCGGCGGUCGUUACAUUGCUCCACCAUCUUCAUCCUCUCCUUUUCAUCUGUAAUUAUACUCUAUCAAAUUUAUUUCAAGUCAAAGAUGAUUUUAAAUUUCCCUACGACCAUCUUUUCGGCUAGAUCUUGACAUCCACGUACAAGCUUUUGAAAAUCCAUCACCAUAAAAAGAGUCCCCUCCAUCUUCUCUACAAAACCCAUUUAAAAAUAUCAGGAACGGACAACCUUCGCCGGUGACCACCACGCCGGAGCUUGCAACCACCGCGCCGGGAAAGAGCUUACGUGUUUUCAGAUUUUGCGGUGAUUUCAAAUCAACCAACCUUGCGUAUCUUAGAUUUGUGCUUCAACGAUGGCUGACGAGUCACAAAAAGCUGUUGCAAAUGAUUUUGUGAACUCAAAAGAAGUUGAGAAGCCUCAAAUUCAGCCCCUAAGUUUGCCAACUGUUGAGGAAAUUCGCGGCCAAGACAUUUGGAACAAUUGCGCUGUGCGCAGUGUCGUUAGUGGAGUCAUGGGAGGUGGUCUUGGCAUCGCCAUGGGAUUGUUUCUUGGAGCACUGGACAACCCUAUGAUGCAAGAGCAAAUGACUGGCAAACAACAGUUUAUAUUUCAAGCAAAGCAGAUGGGGCGAAGGAGUUGGAGUUCAGCCAAAGCAUUUGCUGUUAUGGGUUUCGUAUUCUCAGCUGCUGAGUGUGUUGUUGAGAAGGCACGAGCAAAACAUGACAUCACAAAUACGUUUGUUGCUGGAUGUACUACUGGAGCUGCUAUAUCAGCAAAAGGUGGUCCACAAGCUGCAUGUAUGGGCUGUGCUGGCUUUGCCGCAUUCUCAGUCGUCAUAGAGAAGUUUCUAGAGAGGCAUCAAUAAGUGAAUUAACUUGGAUCAAUUUUGUAUUCUUCGAUCAUAGUUUAAGUUCUUGAUCAAAAUAUUUUGCCCAUACGAUAGAGGGACGUGAUAGGGAGCAAGACAAAUUGCAAUAUUAUUUCACAUCUGUAAUUUAUUUGUAUACAAUGUCAUUGGCGGAUGCAUUCUCCGAACUUGGGAAAGCUCUGUGAUGACAUGGUUUAGUAUUGGAAAAUGCCAAGCAUUACGAAAACCAUAGGGAGCAAUAAUUGUGAUGAACUCUUUAAAGUGCUUAGCACUCCUGUUUAGUAGUAAUAGUUAAUUUCAAUAGAUUUUUCUUUGUAAUUCAUUCUUAUUUUUUGGAAUAUUUAUGGAGUAUUCCUAGGCUUCUUAAAA